AACAGAAUUGUGCUAAAAGGUCGACUAUUUUCAUAUGACGCUUUGACGCUUGGAGCUUGGAACAAGUGUCAAACGCGUACAGAAAUACAAUUACAUUAAAAUCAGCGCAGUUUCUCUAAAUCAACUAAAUAUCACUUCUCCUCCGAUAAUUUCCUUCAACAAACGCGUAGUUCACAUUUAACAACCAUCCGCAGCCAACUCAAAACAUGCAAGACGAGGUCACAGGUAUCUCGCGGAGCGGUCGUGUGCGGAAGAAGAGCUCCAAGCUCAUGGACUUCGAGUCUCCGGACGAUAUCGACACGCGGUUCCGUCGGCAGACGCCCGUGAAGUCGUAUACGGCGUUCAGACAGGAGGAGCAGCCGGAGUUCAGAGAGGCGCCGCAGCCGAUGGAGGAGGGCACGGCGUCGGGCAGCGAGUCGGAUUACUAUGAGAAUAAUGGGGAAAAUGCUGAAAGUAUGGAGUCGGAUAGCUCAGCUUCGGAUGAGGGUUCAGCUCGCACCCCGGCCAACUCUCUCUACAUGAUGGAGAAGAGCAAGAAAAAACUUAUUGUGAAGGACGGCAAGGUCAUUGGACGUGUUAAGGCUCAGCGGAAAGAUAAAGGCAAGACGCGUAUUACUGCAUACAUGUUGUGGGCCAAAGAGGCGCGCAACGAAUUACUGCGUAACCACCCCGAUUUGGAUUUUAGCGCUAUUUCCAAGCGGCUUGGAGAAAUGUGGUCUAAUGUGAACUAUAAUGAGCGCUACCUGUGGAAGCGUAAGGCAAAGCGAUUCGCUAUGCAGAAGGAACAAAGCCUUCACUCGGGAGUUAGCAAGAUAAUUUCUAACCUAAGUCCCCGGCCCGCGCCGCACGCGGGCCCGGGCCCGGGCCGCCCGCCCGCGCGCCGCGCCGCGCCCGACCCCUCGCCGCCCAACAACCAGAUUGUGCCGGUGUCAGGGGCUGCAUCGGGCGGCGCUGGCGCUGGAGUGUACCGUGUGACCGGCGUGGGUGCUGUGGAGGUGGCCGCUCAUCUCCGACUCCUGGGAGAGAGCCUGGCCAUCAUCGGGGAGCGGCUCAAGGAGCACGAGGGGCAGAUAGCCGUGUCCGGGUCGGUGUCGGUGCUGCUGGACACGCUGCUGUGCGCGCUGGCGCCGCUGCUGGGCGUGUGCCGCGCCGUGCCGCAGCUGGCGCCGCCGCCCGCGCUGCUGCAGCGCACGCUCCACAACAUCGCCUACAUCAUGCCCGGCCUCUAGGACCCGCCCGCGCUGCUGCAGCGCACGCUCCACAACAUCGCCUACAUCAUGCCCGGCCUCUAGGACCCGCCCGCGCUGCUGCAGCGCACGCUCCACAACAUCGCCUACAUCAUGCCCGGCCUCUAGGACCCGCC